GAAUCGGACUAAUGACGUAUACAAUGCGUAAAAGACCUGAUGCUGGUUCCUUACUUGAGUGCCACUCCAUGCCAUCACUACUAGCACACUGGCAGGGUCCAAUUCCAGUGUGCAGGUGAAGUCGCCUUGUUUGCAGAAUAAAGAACCAAGUUUGCAAGCUUUGCUUUAUCUUUUUCGAGGUUGAAGUCCUCGGGGGCCAUGGCAUCUCUGCUUUGCUCAUCAAGCGAGCAAGCAUCUUGGAGGUGGUGCUCGGAUGGACGUUCGCUUGUCCAUCGAUGCAUCAUCGAUCGGGUUAUAAAUCCACAAGCUAGCAGCAGGGUCAGAGUCUGAGAGACAUACACAGCAAUCCACCAUGGCCGAGCAGGCAGAGAGCAACGAGAGCGAGCAGCUGAAACAGCUGCAGGAGCAAGUGCAGGACCUGUGCGAUGCCAUCGAGAAAGAGGUCGACAGCAACCUUCCCGGCAGGGACGAUCUGGAGAAAAUCUGCGAAGUCCUCAAAGAGAUCAAGGGCAAGAUCACACCACCGGUCCUUCUCCCCCUGAGCAAGAGGGAGGAGCUGGGCAACCUGCUUCCCACCAUCAGGCACGCAUUGGAGCAGCGCAGGCAGCCACGGCGAGAUCAUCCUGCCGCCAUGUCGUCGACCGGGUGCUACCCCUGCAAGCCCCGGCCGUCGUCGCAGCUGCAGAGGCAGAGCAAGCAGCAGGAACACGACGAGGGCGCCGCCGUGUCGCUGAAGCUGUUGCACCGGCUGACCCAGAACGUGCUGGAGCCGGAGCAGUACUACGAGUGGACGACGAGCUACGUGGACGAGAGCAGGAUCUACGGCUGGGACAAGGAGGCCGACGAGGUCGCGGAGGCGCUGGUCGCCCCCGAGGGCGGCGAGAAGAACCUGUUCCGGGCGGCGGGCAUCGCCGGCGUCCACGGCAGCGGCAAGACGGCGCUUGCGCAGAAGGUGUUCGUGCACGACAAGGCCAAGGACAACUUCGCGGUCCGGCUGUGGGUCUGCGUCGGCCCGCCGGACUCGGAGGACCGCUUCGGCCUCCUCUACCGGAUGCUCGACAACCUCGGCCUCGACACCGCCAAGGUCGAGGACAUCGUUCACAAUUCCAACGUCGUCAAGAAGCACCGGGAUGAAGAGGAGGCCAGGAUCCGCGGCGACCCAGCGAAAGUGGCGGAAAUCCAGAAGAAGAAGAAGGAAGAAGAGGACGGCAGCAUCUUGGAUCAACUGCUCAAGAAGGAGGCUGAUGAGAGCCCUGACGUCCAGAAAUCCAAAAUCGGGGUGCUUCUCUACAUCCUGCACAUGGCCCUGUCCAAGACGUCGUACCUGAUCGUGUUCGACGACAUCCGGGCGUACGGCGACGACGGCUGGUACAGCAACCUGACGCUGCGGCCGCCGCCGGAGGGCGAGUGGGGGGAGCGCCUCGGCUACGGCCUGCCCAAGGGCAAGCACAGGGGCGCCGUGCUCGUCACCUGCCGCAAGGAGGACGACGCCAGGUCCAUGGUGCGCACCGGCCGCGUCGUCCGCCCGCCCAGGCUCCACCUCGACGACGCAUGGAGGCUCUUCAGGAGGGAGUACGACCAAGCCAAGGACGCCGCCGCCAAGGAGCGCAAGAAAGACGGCGACGGCGACGGCGACAUGCUCCUCAAGGAGCUGGAGGAGAUGAAGGCGGAGAUCGUCAACAAGUGCCUCGGCUUGCCGGUGGCCAUCGCCGAGGCGGCCAAGGGCUUCGCUCUCCUCCAACCCUUGCCGGAUGCUAGUCCAGAUCCAGUGUUGGAGGCAGCCAAACCCAAACCUGCUGCUGAACAAGAAUCAAAGGCUGCAGCAGCUGAUGAUCCAGUGUUGGAGGAAGCCAAACCUGCUGCUGAACAAGAAUCAAAGGCUGCUGCAGCUGAUGAUCGAUAAGCAGUCUCAAGCAACAUAUAUACAUUGACCACGCCUGCAAUGUGUGGUAAUCUAUAGCUACGUACGAAGCCUACAAUAAUAAUAAUGUCGGUACUGCUUAAUUUGGCAGUGUAUAUCUAUCUGCAUGCUUGCUUUAAUUUUGUGUGACUGUGGAGUGGACAUUAUUUACUAACGAUGUGCAAAAAAUGGUUUGUACUAAUUGUGGAUUUUUCAACAUUUGCUACAAAUUAAUAUUUAUAGAAUGAG